AUGCUGCUGCACCAGCAGAACAUGCUGCAGGACCACGUGCGCACGGGCACGUACGAGCGCGCGAUGCUCUCCAACCCGUCGGACUUCCGCGACAAGGUGGUGCUGGACGUGGGCACGGGCUCGGGCAUCCUGGCCUUCUUCGCCGUCAAGGCCGGCGCGCGCAAAGUGUACGCCGUGGAGCUGAGCAACAUGGCCGAGUGCGCGCGCGAGCUGGUGGCGGCCAACGGCCUGAGCGACCGCAUCACGGUCAUCAAGGGCAAGAUGGAGGACGUGGAGCUGCCCGAGCAGGUGGACGUGGUGGUGUCCGAGCCCAUGGGCUUCUUCCUCGUGCACGAGCGCAUGCUCGAGACCUUCGUGGCGGCCGGCAAGAAGUGGCGGCGGCCGACGCCGAGCUUCAAGAUGUUCCCGUCCACGGGCACCAUGUUCGUGUCGCCCUUCUCGGACGACAGCAUCUACCGGGAGCAAAUGACCAAGGUGGCGUUCUGGCAGCAGCAGGACUUCUACGGGCUAAACCUCUCGAGUCUGCGGGCCCGAGCCAUGGACAACCACUUUUCGCAGCCCGUGGUCGGCUACUUCCCGCCGGAGAUUCUGCUGAGCUCUCGCCCGGCUGAGCAUGUGCUGGACUUUGCAGAUGUGACCAAGGAGCAGCUCGACACCUUCGACUUCCCCUUCCACUUUGUGGUGGAGAGGACUGCGAUCAUGCACGGCCUCGGCUGCUGGUUCACUGUGGACUUCUUGGGCUCCGACGCGCGCGUAGUGUUGAGCACCGCACCUCACGAUGCUGGAACGCACUGGUACCAGUGCCGACUGCUGCUCACCACCCCAGUCGCGGUCAACGCGUCGCAGAGUGUGAGCGGCAAUCUUCACUUUGUGGCCAACAAGAAAUUCAGCUACGACAUCGACAUCGAAGUUCGCUUGGACGGGACUUCGAUCGUGUCACGGAACCAUGUCCGGUUGCACGACCAAAUGUACCAUUACCUCUACUCUCCCGGAGCGAGUUCUGCAGGGGCUACCGGGGCCGACGGACUGCAGCAAUCGAGCACGCCGUAUUGA